GGCGACCAUAGUAACAGAUGUAACAAGUUGACCUCGACCUUCACAGAGAACUAACAAGGCCAGACAUCAGCAUCCUCAGACUUUCCUGGUCAACAUUUUAACUUUUAGCUUCGGAAUCUUUUUUUCAUUACUAAUGACAUCAAAUGCCACAGUAACGAACAAUUCAACGACUGACAGAGUUGUAAAAAGUAUCCCUCAUCCUCCCACUCACCGUUUGACACUGGAAGAAGUCUUUGACAGUAAAGGAGAACCUCGGAUUAAAGAAUUAAGACAACAUUUUAUACUCGAAGGUCGAGUUACAGAACAAGUUGCCUUAAGGAUUAUUCGUUCUGGUGCAGCGUUAUUACGAGACGAAAAUACAGUUUUGGAUAUUGAUGCCCCUGUCACCGUCUGUGGAGAUAUUCAUGGGCAAUUUUUCGAUUUGAUGAAAUUAUUUGAGGUUGGGGGAGAUCCUGCAACAACUAGAUACCUUUUCCUUGGAGAUUAUGUGGAUAGAGGAUAUUUUAGUAUCGAGUUCAUUGGAAAUCUCAACUACAAACUCUGGUCAUACGCAGUGCUUGUUUUGCAAUCAUUAUUCUAUGCAGAUGUGUAUGACGCAGUGAAAUGUUGACAAAAACGAAAGUAUAUAUGGUCAUAUUAUGUAAUUUGUAAAACCAAAUUGAUUUUUGUACUAACUGUAUGGCCAAAUUUGUACAUCUUAAAAGUGUUAUUUCAUGUCAUAUUUAGAAGUUGUUUUCUUAAGUUAUUAUUUGUGACUAGGAAGUCAACUUGUCUGUAGUAUGAACGAGCUGAAACCUUUUAAAUUUGUAUGGUACCUGCAUUCUGCAACUUACUAAUCGAGUUUCUGAAAAUUAUACUUCUGAUUUUUGUAGGAUUUAUCGUUGAGAAAACAGUGAAAUAUUUUUUUUCAGGUUAUCAUUCAGUUCAUUACUUUUUUCACCCCACUACGUAGUGAAUCAUAUUUCCUAUAUUUGCCUUAUUUCUUUUAUUGAUUUUUUUUUGCCAUCCAGUAUGCUAUAAUCCUUACAGUUGGCCGAUCACUGAAGGGUGACCAGUGUCUUGCAUACCUAGCCCUGUAGUGCUUGUCGAAAUCUACCUGUCAAGUUACAAUGUGAUCACUAGUUCAAAUAACUUGACUUUACAUCCUUCAGUUUUGCAGGAGGCCAGACGUUACCCGGCAAGCUUAUUGAGAAAAUCUUGGAUCUGGAAACUAGGUGACCCCUCUUCAAAUUUUACAGGAGGUUUCAGUUGCCUCAAAAUUUCAGCCAUAAUUUAACGAGUGCUAAAUAGCACGAAACAUAGCUUAAGCGAGGUUUCUUGUUGACUACCUUCAAUCACCUAACAGUCAAACGUGUUAUGUAAAACGACUACUUUCCUGUUAAUCUCUUCAAGAAAGCUUACUGUAUCGAAGAUCAUUCUUGCUCUGUAAUCACAUAUGGUGUUGUGAAACAGUUGAACUGAUAUUACUUCACAUCUCGUUAAGUCCUUUAUUCUAUCUUUUGUAACCAUCUUAGUGUAUAUGUAUGAGCUGUGUUUAUCAUAAGAGGUACAGAACUUAAUUUUUCCUAACUGGGGUAAAUUAUAUGUUAGCAAAUAGAUGUAUAUAUAUAUUCAAAUUCAUAAGUGUUUUGACAGAGAAUAAUUGUAAAAAAGAAAUAUAAGUUUAAUGGUCUAAAUUGGUUUGAAUACAUUCACUCUUUUAAUUCUUAUGUAGUUGUUAUAUUGACAUGUUGGGUAAGAAUUAGGCCUAAGAUUAUUAUCUACUGCAGAAUGGGUAACGUACGGAAUUAAUUUUGUCCAAUCGUUUAUAAUAACUAACCCUUAUUAUUCUUGUGCUCAAUAUUUUGGAUAAAUGUAUGUCAAUUUAUUCGAAAAAAUCGUGUCUUUGAUCGCAAAUAAUGCUGGGGGCUUACAUCAACAAUUCGGUUUCAUGAACAGCUAUCAUUCAUUCACAUCAUAUCAUUGCAUAUUGUCGAAUCGUUGAUAUUCUUUUUUCAUCUUAAUAAUCAAAACAUUCGUUCAUCAUAUCAAGAAAUCCUACUACAUGACAUUUAUUACAUAGUACGAUGUUUUAGUUUCAUCGUCUUGUGUUUCCCACUUUCACUUUCAAGUUUCUAUACUUCUCUUGGUAUCUCUAUUUGUGUUUUGUCUGCUAACUCCAUCUAAUCCUAUUUUUCACAUGAUUGCUUUUUCAUUUAUUUGUCUUUUUGAAUCAUUCAACUAAUUUCUGUUUCUGAUAUUUAUGUUUUAAUCAAUUGAUCAAUGAAAGAAUCCGGUAUCUAUUGUCUGCGUAACGUGAUCUCCGGAAAUUUUGCACUCUAGCUUAUUCAAUCUAGCUUCAAAAGUUAGUGAUGUCACAAUAGUUUCACUGGCGUCGAUCUGUCAUAUUACAUAUACGUAUGUCGCGUAUUUGCGAAUUCCCUUUUCACUUAUAUGCUGAUGAAAACUAAUGUUUAUGUAUGUUCAGUAAAUUAUUUGUAGGUGUGUGUAUAUAUAUUUUUAGACAAAAACGGAUAAUGACUAUCAGGAUAUUUGCCUUCUAGUUUAAGAAGAAUAGACUAAUAGAACCAGUCUUUACAAUACAUUUUUGUCAGAAUGUUUUGGAUUGCUUGAA